GUAGUGAUGUGUUUGAAUAAAAUGUAUUCAUUGUAUUGUUUGACUGUUGAAUGUAUUGGUUGGACACUCACUGCUAGACUCUCUCUACUCUAGUAUUUAGUUGACUAUUGACUGACUGAAUGGUUAUGAGAGCGCUAUUGUGUGAAAAAAAUAUUAUAUUAUUAUAUUAUUAACUGAUUUGAUCACACAUUUUGAGGGAUCAACUCUUUGGAUAUACUCUUUUGAAGACAUAUUAUUGAUCUUCAAUUGAUUUUGAUUAGUAUUAUCACUAAACAAUAGAGAAGACAAUGUCAGUAACGACGACACCAUUUCUUGGUUGUAAAAUAUCAUUGAUCUCUAAGUCUGAGAUCAGAUAUGAAGGCAUUCUCUAUACUAUUGAUCCCAAAGAGUCGACCAUUGCUUUGGCAAAAGUCCGCUCGUAUGGCACUGAGGACCGACCCGUUGAACGUCAAGUGCCUCCAAGAGAUGAAAUAUUUGAGUACAUAAUCUUCAGAGCCGGUGACAUAAAAGAUCUGAUUGUUGACGACCCGCCCGCUACUAUUGCUCCCGGAUUGGCCGAUCCGGCAAUCAUUCAAGCGCACUCAACUUCGAGCACAUCCGGUGCUACAUUUCCAUCUACAACAUUUCCAGAGAUCACCCGUAACUCGAACUCGAACAGCGUGACGUCUGGCCAGAGACCAUCGGGCGCUGCAUUCAGUUCGGGUCAAAAUGCUAUAAAUUCAUUAACUAUGGGAACAGGAUUCAAGUCUAGUGCGUCCAAUGAGUCGCGAUCGCAAAACUCGACGCCCACUACUACUGGCCAACAACAGCAACAUCAACAACAAAAUCGUCAGCAACAGAGUCCUCAUUUAGAUGGACAGUCAUCGGCGGCCCAACAAUCGAAUCAAAACAGACAAAAUAUUCAUAAAGAUAACUAUAAGAGAAACGAAAGGAGCGGUCAAAUGCCGCAAAUGCGUAGAGGAGGACCACAGGGUGGAUAUGGAGGGGGAGGCGGCGGUAAUAGAGAUGGUGGUGGAGGAGGAGGAGGACACGGACCCCAGCAAAACUAUUAUACAAAUAGACGCGGAUCCGGUCAACCAAACUAUAGACAACAAAACCAAAGCCAUUCACAACCACCGCAGACUAACAAUCGUUUUGGUAAUUAUAAUAAUCGGCAAUUCAACAACAAUUACUCGAAUAUAAAUCAACGACGACCUGGUGGUGGCCAAUCUCGUCCUCAGAAUCGCGGCGGUCCUCAUAAUCGGGUAUCGAAUCGCGGCACAAAAGAGCCGAUAAAAUUUGAAAACGAUUUCGAUUUUGAAAAAGGUUUAGAAGAGUUUUCCGAAAUGGAAAAAAAGUUUAGUAAUUUGAAAGUCGAUACCAAUAAUACUGAUGAACAACAGCCUAAAGAAGGCGACAUCAAACAAGAAGAGACCAAUACUACAGAUAAUAAUAGCAUUGAGAACACGGCUAAUGGAGAUAAAGAAAACUUAGAAAACGAUCCGUUUUAUGAUAAGGCAAAGUCUUUCUUCGAUACCAUCAGUUGUGAAGCUAUUGAACGCGAAAAAGGAAAUGUUCAGCGCAUCGAUUGGAAAGCCGAACGCAAACUUAAUUCAGAAACUUUUGGCGUUCCUAUGAGUUAUCGACGAGGCUUUGGUCGCGGACGCGGUGGUUAUGGUCACCGGGGUUACCGAAGUUAUUAUAGAGGCGGUGGCUUUUCCCGUGGCGGCUCUGGAGGUGGUGGAGGAAGUGGCGACACUCGUCGAUAUAAAUCGUCAAAUCAACAACAAAAUCAACGCAAUUAAGGCGUGUUUUUAAUCACACAUACACACAAUGGCUCCGGAUUUGAAUAAUUUAUUUUUUUUGUUAGCCUUUAUUGCAAAUUUAAUAUUAAAAAUUAAUAUCUUUAUUGUCAAAAUUACUUAAAAAAAACAAAUUGCUUGCAAUUGAAUUUAUCAGUUAAGUGUCCAUUUUCAACACACAUAAACAAAUACAUUGAUUGCACGCAAUGUGACUAAAAAGAAAUGAUUAUAAAAAAAACUAAACACUAAACAAAAUAAAUACAACAAAUUUUUAAUUUAAAUACGAAUAUAAUAAUAACAAUACAAA